UGGUUAAACAAUUACAAUUAAAAGUCCCAAUUACGUUUGUUUGUCAUAAGGGUUUAAUCCCAACAUCUAGACUUUCUUUUAAAUUCAUAUUUAUGUCUAAAUCAGAACCUGAUUUCUUUUCACCCUGGUAUCUGUAGUCAGGCUCUGGAAUUAUUUAUAUCAUAAUGACAGCUCUCAGUAUUAUAUAUUGAACUGUAUUAUCCCGCCUAUUUUGUUCACUGGUUACGUAGAGCCACAUGUGCACACUUCCUCCUCUCAUAACCUUCCUGUGUGUCUGUGUGUUGUCGUGCUCGUGUUCGUCAGAGUGAGAGUGAUCAGGGCCGAUGGGUGGAAGCUGCCUUGAGGGUGAGAACUGGGACAAAUUGGUGAAAAAAUGCAUGAGCUGUCGUUUGCAAUGCCAGAAGCCGUACGCCGUCAGCAGGUGCAUCAGUUAUUGUGAGUCCACACAAUGCAAGCGGCUGCCCGGUCACUACUAUGAUGUGCUGCUGAAGACGUGCAUGAGGUGCGCUGAGGUUUGUGGCAAACAUCCAGCAGAAUGCUCCCAGCACUGCCACACUACGUCACCUCCUGUUAACCCGAAAAUGCUCCUACCGAACUCCAGAGAGCUCUCGGUGCCGAUGGCCCUGGAGGACUCCACGCUCCUGCUCUACUCUCUGCUGGCGCUGUGCAUGGUGCUGCUGUUUUCUAGCUUGUCUUUGGCCCUGGCCGUCUUACUGAGGAGGUCCAGGGCCAAAAGCUCCAAGCCGACAUCAAAGGAGGGCAAACAGAAGCCGGUUGUGCAGCCUGGUGAAAAGCUCGGCCUGCGAGAUUUUGUAACAAGUUCAGGCUGCCCCCCGAACCGUGAGCAGUCAGAUGACUCCAUCCCGACAGAGACGUGCGUGUGCAUCCACUGUUUCCCCGACCUGAAAGCCCUAGGCCAGAGCAAUGACAGGCCACUGGGACCACAGCUCUCCUUCAACCAGCAGGCUGGCCUCCCGGGGGCCCAGACCACGAAGGGCAGGCCUCUCUGGACUGAGCAGAACCUCCAUGGACCAGGAGGGGACAGCACUGAGAUAAGGUUCCUUUGCUCCCCUUCAAAUUAAAGGGUCUCGCAGGAAAAACCGGAAUGGAUAACCACGUCCCCAACGCACCGGAGAUGUUCACCAGUAUAUGAUAAGAAAGGAUUAUCGAAUCCUCUCUUCACAACAGGGACAUUUUCCGAUGUUACAGCAGCAAGAGAUCAGACAAAAAUAGACGAGUAAUUGCAAUUAAACAUGCAAUUCUUAGAAUCGCAGGGAAAUGUCACAAAUAAAAUGGAAUAAAGAUCAAUUUAUACAAUGUAGAAACAGAAUAUAUACAGUGUAAUACUGGAUUUUUAUUAAAAUGUUAAAUUAAAACAUGGUCUCAAAGCAACACUAUACAUUUCCCCCCCGUUAAAAUAGUAGCCUCUAAAUUUGUUUGACAGCAGAAUAAGUCGAAUUUGAGAGAAUGAGGCGUCUUUCGUUCUCACUCCUGAACGUCUGCUCGUACACUAUGAAACUAUAGUGAGCAGGUAGGAUUUCCUGUGACAAGUGUGAAACUGAUAGUUAGGUGGAGCUUUAAUUGUCAGGAUCAGGCCCAACGAUUUCAAGAGUCAUGCUGAAGUGUAAAUCAGCUAAAAGGCCUCAGGCAGCUUUAACAACUUCCUCGUUUGGUCCAGACCUUCAGACUUCUCAGCUUAGUCCAAACCAUGGGGCAACGUUUAGUUUAGUCAAAACAGAAGUACUCAAUCCGGAUCCAACUGAGCACUGGUUCGGUUUGUUUGCAGUGUGAAAACACUUCUUUGGAUCGUUCAGACGUGCAGUAGAUAUGUUUGAAUGAUAAGGAUGAUAGUUAUAAUACUAUAGUGAUAUUACAGUUGCAAUUAAAUUACUAUUUCAGAGCCCAGAAACAUCUGAUUGCUAACUCACUGUAAUCUCACAAUCCGAAAAGUAAAACUCAACAUUCAACAACUCAUGACAAAUUGAGUAAAACUGUAAAUUAGUAAGCAAUGAAUGGGCAGAUGACACAAUGUGUUCAUCUUAAGAAAAGAGAACUGAUUAUAGAAUAGUGACUCAGUGCUGGAGAACAAUCUGCCACAUGAACGAAUAAAACAAACAAAAAACUGUCAGGUGUUCUUAUUGUUACCACCACUGGGAGUCGCCAAAGUCAAUAAUGUUCAAGUUCUUAUUGGGACUUUGUAGCAGACGCUGUCUGUAUUGUAGGCACAGAAUAUUGUGUGUACGUGUAAUAUAAAAAGAACAAUAUGUAUCAUCAUGAUAAAUAAAUGUAUGUAUCAUUAAGAUAAAUAAAAAAGCAACACA